AUGUCCGACCAAGACAUUCAUCCAAAUAAAUUCAGUGAAUUUCGAAGUAUUUGUAAAUAUUACAUCGAUUUAUAUAAUGCGUUGUAUCGGUUAAAAACGGAAAAAGAAGAAGAUUUAAACUCGAUUUAUAAAAUGAUCAAAACAGAAUUGAUUGAAUCAAAGAAAUCCCCUCCUAAAAAGAUUAUUGAAGAUAUUUUUGAUAUCAUUCCGUAUAAUAACCGCUAUACAAAGUCAUACUUUGAACUUGUCAAACAUAUAUAUGAUGAUUAUAAUGUUACAGGGAACAAAAGGUAUAUUAAUGUUUCAGAAUUCCUAUUUUAUAAAGAAUACGGAAUCAAAUUAAAUAAAUUUCAUGAUUUCGAAAAAAUUAACUCCGAAAAUCUCUAUAUUCAUACAGAAAAUACGAUUUACAGAGCAAUUAUGUAUAAUGACUUAGAAAAUUUCAUUGCAUUUACAGAAAGAGAAGAAUUCGAUAAAAAUCAAAGACUUAAUAGUAAAUUAUAUCCAGAUUAUUAUAGAGGAUAUUCAUUACUUGAAUUAUGUUGUUACCACGGGGCAGUUGAUUGUUUCAAGUUCUUAAGAACUAAAUUUAACUCAGAAAUAACUAACAUAUGUUUAGAAUUUGCAUUUUUAGGAGGAAAUCCAGAGAUCAUGAGCGAAUGUUUGAAAUAUCAAAAACCAAAUGGGUAUUGCAUGAUAUAUGCAAUUAUUUCACACAACAUUGAUUUUGUUACAUUCUUGAUAAAUGAAUACAAUAAAAAGAUCAAAUUAGAAGAUUGCACAAAAUAUAAUAAUCUUGAAUCAUUUUUUGUUUAUUUCGAUCAAACCAAUGAUGUUAACAAUUGCUUUAUUAAUUCAUUGAAGUUCAAUAUUCCAUCGCUUUGCGGAUAUUUCCUUUCACAUGGUGCAAAUAUCAAUGAAAAAAUUAUCUAUGGAAAAACCGCUCUUCAUCUUGCAGCAGGAAAUAAUUCUAAGGAAGCAGCCGAAUUUCUUAAAUCACAUGGUGCAAAUAUUAGUGAAAGAGAUAAUCUGGGACAAACUGCUCUUCAUAUUGCAGCAGUUUUUAAUAGCAAAGAAACGGCCGAACUUCUUAUUUCACAUGGUGCAAAUAUUAAUGAAAAAGAUAACGAAGGGAAAACCGCUCUUCAUGAAGCAGCAGGAAAUAAUUCUAAGGAAGCAGCCGAACUUCUUAUUUCACAUGGUGCAAAUAUCAACGAAAAAAAUGACAAAGGAUUUACCGCUCUCCAAAAUGCAGCAGCAUGGAAUUGUAAAGAAACAGCCGAACUUCUUAUUUCACAUGGUGCAAAUAUCAAUGAAAAAGAUAAAUAUGGAAGAACCGCUCUUCAUUGGGCAGCAUGUUAUAAUCGUAAAGAAAUAGUCGCACUUCUUAUUUCAAAUGGUGCAAAUAUCAAUGAAAAAGAUAACCAUGGAGAAACUGCUCGUCUUGUUGCAGCAGGAAAAGGUCAUAAAGAAACAGUGGCACUUCUUAUUUCACAUGGUUCAAAUAUCAAUGAAAAAGAUAAAUAUGGAAGAACUGCAGAAGUAUUUAGUGAUAAUGCAGAGUUACUACAUGAAAGCCAGUAA